UCUGCUUCUCCAAGUCAUUGCGCUUCUGACAGCCCUCGCGUCUCCGUCACCCUCUGCCGCUGUCUUGUUACUCUUUCAACCUUUUUGCUCUCUGACAUUUUCAACGGAUCCUGUACACACCCCAGGUUACAAGCGUUGGUCCCUUGCAUCCGCGUUCAUCCCCUGGUCACAAAAAUAUCUGAGAUUGCUGUCCACAUUUGAUCCAAGAUGUCCCUGAAAGUUCAGACGAGCAACAUCACCAACAAAAACGACCCCAAAUCGAUCAACUCGCGCGUGUUCAUCGGAAACCUGAACACAGCCGUGGUGAAAAAGAGCGACGUCGAGACCAUCUUCUCCAAAUACGGCCGCGUGCUCGGCUGCUCGGUUCACAAGGGUUACGCCUUCAUUCAGUACGCUAAUGAGAGACACGCACGCGGAGCUGUCAUUGGAGAAAAUGGACGCGUGCUUGCUGGACAGACCCUCGAUAUUAACAUGGCAGGUGAACCCAAACCCAACAGGCCGAAGGGACUGAAGAGAACCGCAGCAACAUUAUACAGCGGUUACGAUUUCGACUAUGAUUACUACCGAGAAGAAUUCUACGACAGACUGUUUGAGUACCGAGGAAGAGUAUCACCAGUGCCCAGGGUUGUUCCAGUGAAGCGCCCCCGUGUGGCGGUGCCAGUUGUACGCAGAGUGAAAUCAUUACCUGUCAAACUCCUGACCAGAUCAGCCAUCCUUCCCAACAGCUCCGUCAAAAACAAAUUGAAGUCUACAGAGCUGCAAGCCAUCAAAUCAGAACUGACUCAGAUCAAAUCCAACAUUGAUGCACUGCUGGGGCGUCUCAACCAGAUCACAGAGGACAAAUAUUGUGCCACAGAGUUGCAGAAGACAGAUGAAAUGAAGAGCGAAAUGUCUCAGGACGAGUCGGGCUCAGAAUCAGAGGAGCUUCAACACAGUGAUGGUGAAGAAGUCGAGGACCACACACUCGAGGACGACGAAGACGACAUGGAAAACAAUCACAUAUCUGAAAUGGACUCCCUUCUUCAAUAAAAGCUGGGAGUUGGAAAACACUGUCAACUGGAAACUUUUUUACCAUGGACUCAGCAGGAAGACACUGAAAACAACAGGCGCCGUCAAAACUCCAGCAUCGACUGUCAGUGAGACAGACAGCUAAACUAGCUGUUCAGUGGUAGAGAGGUGGGGGGGGGCGUCGUCCCCUAAACCAGGAAUCCAUUUCAAAAAGGCCACAGUUCCUUACCGGAACGCCACAUCACACAUCCUGUAAAAGGAGGAUCAAUUUCCCAGACAUUCUGCAUUCACUCUCCCAAAAAAACAUUUGUUUUUGCAUUUUUUUGCAUAUGUAAAUACGCCCAUCUUGUCCCCUCCUGUAUGUUUGUGCUUUUCCUAAAUGUUUUUCAUUUUAUUUAUAUGCCAAUUGGAAUCAGAACGGUUGGCUAUUUUUAAUUACGUGUGCAUAAUUCUUCUACUUGCACUUUCGAGACUGCAAGAGAUAGUAACAGAUGUAAAUAAACUGAUGACUUGUGAAACACAGUGUUGCAGAGUGAUCAGUGUUCAGCGCUGGAUGUCGUUGACAUGUUAAUACAUUGUCCGCAAUUUCAACUUCCUUAAAAAGUUUAGUAACUUAAACAAAAUAGGUUAUUGGGCAAGUGCUGUAAAAUAAGGUACUAUUGUGAAUUGUUGUAAGGAGACAGUUUUGAACACUGAUUCUUUUAAGUCUGGCUGUCUGUUCCGAAUUUGUGGGAAAUGCAAGUUUGACUUAAACCCACAAGAAAAAGUAAAGUAUCCUGAAAUUUUAGGUUUCAAACAGAGAUGGCGAUAGAGAGGCAAAGUUACAUAUUACAGCAUUAAAGAGACAGUUCACCCAAAAAUAAAAAAUCUGUCAUCAUUUACACACCUG